CUCCUGUCAAUCACCGUCGGCUGGGUGGGUUCGUUCUGCUACCGCCGUAAGCAAGUUAGUAGUAUUGAAUGAGCUUCAGUGUUUGGCUUUGGUUUGACAAGUUUCCCUGGAGGAUCAUGGGGGUAGGAAUGAGUAACGGUAGCUAGUUGGCACAUCAGUAAAAAGUUGCAGCUCAUUUUGCGCGUGUUUCACGCUUUGGCAAAUGUAAGGACGUGAGAAGUUUACGAUUUUUUUUUCUACAUUGGAGAGCCAAGAGUAAAGAUGAACAGCCUGUCUUUUGACGAUCCUUCGUUGGAUAACCUGGAUCCAACACUGUCGCUUAAUGACCCCAGCGAUAUUGACACGGCCCUCUUAAGCGACAUUGAUGACAUGCUGCAGCUCAUCAGCAACCAGGACAUGGAGUUUGGAGGACUGUUUGAUAAUCCUCCAUACACAGGGCCUCCUCCCACCCAAGAGCUUCCUGGUUUGACCCAGUCCAUCACCCCAGCUGCCCCUCCAACCACCACCACCACACCUCCAUCUUCCUCUUCCAUCCUAAGCAGUAGCCCCCACCUAGAUGCACUCCUGGGUCCUCCCAUCACCCGUAGUUCCUCCACCCCAGACAAGGCCUUCCAGCCUCCUACAUUCCAGCAGUCCCCCCUGGCCCAGGUGCCCAACUCCACCCAGAGGCAGCAGCCAGCCUCCCCGCAACAGGCUCAGAUCCUCAGACAGCCCCAGGUGGAGCAUCCCCAACCCAUUCUCAGCCCGUCUGCCCCGGCCCAGGCAGCUUCACCUCAUGGCUCACCAGGACCGAACCCAGCUUUCAGCUCUACGCCCCAGGCCCUCUUCACCUCGCCUGCACCACAGACUCUGCCUCAGCCCCAGCCCACACAACUUCAGGCCCAGGCUCAGUCCCAACAGGCCCGGACCAGCUAUAGCAGCCAGAACAGCUACACAGCUGUCACUCCCAGCAGUGUGAGUCAACCCACCACCAGCUUGUCGUCCUCACCUCCAAGUGUUCAGCCAUUGACCAUUCAGACUCCGAUCCAAGGGCUGACCACCACUUCUCCUCUCCUGGCUACUUCAUCAAGCCCGCCAGUUCAAGCCAUCGCACCCCACGUACAGCAAGUACCUGUGUUGCUGCAGCCUCAGUUCAUCAAGGCUGAGUCUCUGCUGCUGACCACUCUGAAGCAUGACCCCUGCAUUGUCACUACUAUGGCCUCUCCCACAUCCCUGGCCACCACCACCUCAGUACAGAGUGCUUCACUGCAGGCCUUCAUGGGCGGUGGCACCAUCCUGACCACGGUGCCUGUCAUGGUGGACGCUGAGAAGCUGCCUAUCAACCGCAUUGCCAUCAGUGGCAAGCCUGUUGGCCUGCCUCACAAGGGAGAGAAGCGUACAGCACACAACGCCAUUGAGAAGCGCUACCGGUCGUCUAUUAAUGACAAAAUCAUUGAGCUCAAAGAUCUGGUGGCUGGCACUGAGGCCAAGCUCAACAAGUCUGCAGUGCUGAGGAAAGCCAUCGACUACAUCCGUUACCUGCAGCAGGCAAACCAAAAACUCAAACAGGAGAACAUGGCUCUUAAAAUGGUAGCCCAGAAAAACAAGUCUCUCAAAGACCUGGUUGCCAUGGAGGUGGAUGGACAGGCUGAUGUGAAGAACGAGCUGCCCACCCCGCCAGCCUCUGACGUGGGCUCCCCCACCUCUUUCUCACACUGUGGCAGUGACUCGGAGCCUGACAGUCCGAUGGUGGAGGACACCAAGCCGAAUGUGGGCAUUUUAGACAGUUCGGCAGCAGGAGGUAGUGCUGGUGGCAUGUUGGACCGUUCCCGCAUGGCGUUGUGCAGCUUCACCUUCCUCUUCCUCUCCCUCAACCCUCUGGCCACUCUGCUCUGCUCAUCUGGCAGCAGCUCAGCCGGAAGCACUGCAGCCACUGCCACCCAUCACGCAGGAAGGAGUGUCUUGGGUGUGGAUAUUGCAGCGGACUCGUGGGGCUGGAUGGACUGGAUGCUGCCAACUAUACUGGUGUGGCUACUCAACGGUAUUCUGGUGUCAGGGGUUCUGAUCCGACUGUUGGUGUAUGGAGAGCCUGUAACCAGACCGCACUCUGGAUCCUCUGUCUUGUUCUGGAGGCACCGCAAGCAAGCUGACCUGGACCUAGCUAGAGGAGAUUUUGCCCAGGCCAGUCAGAACCUGUGGACCUGUCUAAAGGCUCUUGGUCGUCCCUUACCCAUAUCCCAGUUGGACCUGGCCUGUGCUGCACUCUGGUCCCUGCUAAGAUUCUGCCUCCAGCGCCUCUGGGUGGGCCGCUGGCUGGCUGCCAGGGCUGGUGGGCUGCGAUCUGACCGCCCCCUGCAGGAGGACGCCUGCAAAAGCAGCCGUGACGCCGCCCUUGUUUACCACCGCCUGCACCAGCUACACAUGACAGGUAAGUUGAAUGGUAGCCACCUGUCAGCAGUGCACAUGGCUCUAAGUGCGGUGAACCUGGCAGAGUGUGCUGGCUCCUGCCUGCCUGUAGCGUCUCUGGCUGAGGUCUACGUCUCUGCAGCUCUACGGGUAAAAGCCAGCCUGCCGAGGAUCCUGCAUUUUACCUCUCGUGUGUUCCUGAGCAGUGCCCGCCAGGCGUGCCUCUCGUCCAGUGGCAGUGUGCCUCCAGCUAUGCAGUGGCUCUGUCACCCACUAGGUCACCGCUUCUUUGUGGAUGGAGAUUGGGCUAUUCGCAGCACACCUAAAGAAAGCAUCUACAGCCAGGCUGGCAAUACUGUGGAUCCUCUGGCCCAGGUGACUCAGGCAUUCAGAGAACACCUCCUGGAGAAGGCUCUGUACUGUGUGGCCCAGCCUCAUGGAGAGAAAAGCCCCAGCCAGGGUGAAGGGGAGUAUGCUGAUGCCCUGGAGUACCUCCAGCUGUUGAUUAGUGCAUCAGAUGCGGCCGGUGCCACCUCCCAGUCCUUUGCUAUCGGUUCUAACAUGGCUACUGUGACUGGCUGUGACCCCCACUCCAAGUGGUGGUCCUCGGUUGCCGUGGUGAUCAUCAACUGGCUCCAAGGAGAUGACGCUGCGGCAGAGAGGCUGUAUCCAACUGUUGAGCACUUGCCCCGCAGUCUGCAGAACGCAGAGAGUCUUCUGCCCAAUUCGUGUCUGAACACAUUCAGGGCGGUGCGGGCUCUGCUGUCCAAGCCAGAAAACUGCCAGCUGAGUCUGAGCUACAGCGACAAGGCCAGCGCCCUGCUCCGAGACAGCCUCAACCUAGGACCACACUGCCACAGCUCCAGUUUAGACAAGGUUGUCCAGUUGCUCUUGUGUGAUCUCCUGUUGGUGAUGAGGACCAAUGUGUGGCGUCUGCAGCAGCAAGGGACCGGUUCUGCAGGGUCAGGGUUGGUGGGUACCAGCGGACCUGCGGGUGUCCACCAAGCAUCUCCACCGGAGCUCCAAGGCUUUCAGCAAGAUCUUAGCUCCCUACGCAAGCUGGCGCACAGCUUCAGGCCUGCAAUGCGAAGAUUGUUCCUUCAUGAAGCUACAGCCAGGCUCAUGGCAGGGGCCAGUCCCACCCGCACUCAUCAGCUCCUGGAUCGCUCACUGCGACGCAGAGCUACGCCUGGAGCCAAGACAGAGGAGUGCGAGACACGGCCAGGCCAGCGGGAGCAGGCAGAGGCUGUGAUGCUGGCAUGCCGCUACCUUCCUCCCUCCUUUCUGUCGGCUCCCGGCCAAAGGGUGGGCAUGCUGGCGGACGCAGCCCGCACUCUGGAGAAGCUGGGAGACAAGAGGACCCUCCACGACUGCCAGCAAAUGAUCAUUAAGCUGGGCAGCGGCACCACCGUCACCAACAGCUAGAGAGAAUGAGGGGGGGGCUGAGAGACAAGCAUGGACACUGUAUAUAGAAACAUCUCUGACAUACAAAAACACAGACAGAAAAGAAACGCAGACACACAACCAUACAGUCUCUGGCAUUUUGGCGUGCAGCUAUUGAACAGAUUUAAUAUACUACACAGAUUCAUAUCAAACUGUCAGGAUUUUCUUCAUGGAUUGCCCCCCACCACCACCACCACCCCAACCCCACAUCAGGAGGCACUUGUAGAAUUCACACUUUUGUUGCUGUGGAUUAUUACCAGAAUAUAAAAAGCAUUUUGCUCUCUGACCGGGCUGAAUCCCCGUCAUGACAAUGCAUUGCAAUGCCACAGUUUACCCACAGAGAGGAGCCAUCACGGUUCAGUUUGAAUGAUGUGAGUGUGUGUGUGUGUGUGAAGCAUGACAGAGAUAUUUGCCCUGCAUUUAUUCAGUAUAGUCCUACCCCCGAUCUUUUCGAGAUGCACCUUCUACAGGCAGAAGCGCUCAGUUGGGUUGGUGUGGCGGGCUGCUCUGAUUGGCUGCAGAGUGAGGCGCCUGUUGUUCGUGGGAGGAAAACGACCAAACUCGGAGUGGUCCCACCGUGGGCUUGUUCAGUGGGAGGCCACUCCGCAGGUUGUUCAAAUAGUGUUAAAGUUGAUUUGAAUCAUGUUUCACUGAUUAUCUGAGGCGAGGUGAGCCACUGCACAAGCUGUGUGUCUCUAUCUGCACUAGCCCUGUGAGGCUGAAUUCAAUGAGAUGAGUAAUAAAUAAUAUGGCUUUAUGAAGAUAUUUUAAUAGGUCUUUUUUUUUUUUGCUGUGUACAUAUUUUAAAAUGUAUUUAUAAUCCGUAUGAACUUUGAUUAAGCAGUAUUUUGCAUAAGCAAAGUGAUAAAUCCUUAUUUUCUUCCCUAAACCUGUUUUAUUUGGAAGCUUUUGACCACGCCCAAAUAAUGUAGUUACUGUAUUGUAUUGCCAUGGCGACGAGUGUCAAAGUGGAGACGGUAUCAAAUUAUUUGUGUCACAUCGUCUGACUCAAUUGACCUUUUGCACUGUUGCACACGUAUGCAACUAUGGUAUCAAAAGAAAUUUGCAGCGUCCGAUUCUGGCAUCACCAACCGACUAAUUAAACUAUAUCAUGAACCUUUGGCACUUUUGCAACAACUUACAUAAGUCAUGCAGACAAUUUCUAAAUAAGUGAUCAUUGUUCUCCAAAGAGGGCCUGUACUGAAUCGAACGGUUUUCUUUUGUAGCUCCAGCAUAAAGAGCAAUACUUGCUCUUUCAAUCAUUAUAGUUUCAUGCUCCUACAGAACCACUGUUAAUUGAUUUUUAGAGGACUGUAAAAAGUAACAAAAAAAACAACUUUGGCAUGUGUUUUUGUCCCAGGACCAGUAUGUUUUUAUACAAUAGUGUGUCACUAAUGUGAAAGACUGAAAGAAGUUGGACUGAGAUGAAUGAGAACCAUGUCUAAAGGUAUUUUCAUGUGUCCUUUAACUGACAUCUUUUCAUCUCUUCCUUGUUCUUUGGUUUCAUCCUUUUAUGAUGUAAAUAUUAAAGCAUUUUGUAAAGAAGA